GGUAUUUAAAAUAUAGAAAAAUGAAUGAGAUACAGCUCCCGUCCUUAUGGAUCUUGCCAGUAGUUACAGUCUAAUUGAGGAGACAUGACAUAUACCAUCAGUUUAAGCACUGUAUGCUAUGUAAAUGGAAAAUGAUGGUGGGGCUUGCAUGUGUAGGGGGAAGGAGUUAACAUUUCCGGAAUAUCUGCUAUGAUCUAGAUGGUUUACUUUUCUUUAAUCCUGCCCUAGGUUCUCUAAGAUAGGUAUUAUUAUCUCGUUUAAUAGCUAAAAAACCUAAACCUUAAAAAGUUUUAGAAAUUUGCCAGAUUAUGUAUGUAUUUGUUUAUUUAUAUAUCAGCAGUGUCUGUGUGAUGACACACAGCCUGGUUUUGAAUCAAGAGAUACAGUUACAAAGGUGCUAGUUUUCAUGACACCAGACUGGCAUUCUUAAGACUAAUGAGCAAGGGGUCAUGUUGGAAUGGGGCCAACUGACAAAGUUUCAUGGUGCAGUUGAAAUUUAAGCUGAGUCCUGUAAGGAUGAGUAGGACUUUUCAUGUGUGCAACAGCAGAGAGAAGACUUCUGGGAAGUCAGGACUGUGAAAAUGCCAAGCAAGUGGAGACACUGAGUGACCAGUUUGGCUGGAGUAGAUCAUCCGUAUAUAUUAAUUUAUUCAUACCUUCAGCAGGUUUUAUUGAGCACCUGCAAUAUGGCCUGGGGAAUGCAUAGGUGACCAAGAUACAGCUCCUACCCUUCAAGGAGUUUACAAUCUACUUGGAGAGGCAAACAAACAUACCCACGAAUCAGAGAUUAUAAUAUAGGGUAAUCUGGGCUAUAGUUGAGCAAUGUUCAGGGUUCCGAGGAAUUACAGAGAGGUUGUCUAACAGUCUAGUGAAUGUGUGUAUGUGUGUGUGUGUGUGUGUGUGUGGUGUGAGUGCACAAUGAAAGAAUAUUGAAGUAAAGUUCGGGAUUGAGGAUGAGUUUUGGUUUAAGACGUGAAUUUGAGGUAAUACCAGGAUAUUCAUGUAAACAUGUCUUUAAGCAAUUAUGGGACUGCUGUUAAGGAGAGAGAUUCAGAAUAGCAGAUUUUGGGGGUAGUUAGGAUCCCUAAGGGAAGGAAUUUAGAGAGAAAUGUACAGAAGGUCUAAUUCUGAACUUUUGGAGUCACUUUAGGGGCUGGGAAGAAGAAGUAGAGCUAGAGAAUAAUCCUGAAAAGAAGGACAUCUAGGACCAGGGAAAGGGGGAAAGAGGAUCAGUGAAGCCAAGGGAGAAGAGAACGUGGGUGAGGUGAUCAUCCGAGACGUCAAUGAAAAGGUGGAUUGAGGAAAGUAAUUUGGAACCAUUGGCAUCCUUCCAGAGGACAAUUUUAAUUGAGUAGUGGUGGGGCAAUUCAUGAUGCAUACCCAAUAUUGGAAUUGAUGACUUUGCUUAUGGUAUUUUAUUUUCAUGUUGUCCAGUUUAUCAAUUUCUUCUUUAAUUGCUUCUGAACUUUGAGUCGUGGUUAAGACGGGUAUAGGUGCUAUUCGCAUGGGGUUAAUUUGGCCGGAGCUCUAGAAGCAUGUUGUGGAUUCAAGUUUGUUAUCAGUUUGACUUGUCUCACUGUUGGGAUUUGGAUCCUUUUUAUUUCUUCCUUAUUUUGCUUCAAGUAAAAUCCUCUUUUGAAGUUUCUAGCUGAAAAUUCUAUUUGCAAGUUUCUUUUUCUGAUUGAGAUAUAAUACAUAUAAUUGAGAUAUAAUACAUAGUUUAGGUAGUUGCAGAAGGACAAAUCUGGUAAUGCAGGUUAUAUCUCAAGAUGGCAAGGUUGAUCUAAAUAUUUAGAAUUUUCUAUUAUUUAUCACAAAGUUUAAGAGUCAGGCAUUUUCUUUUUACUGUUCUGUGACUGUGCAAAUUGCUUAAUAUACUUUUGUGAUUACUACCCACAGAGUCAAAACAAAGUGGAAAAUUGUAUCAUUAUUUGAUAGAUUUGGUACCCUCUUCUCAGAUAGCUAAUUGUUGGACAACUAAGAUAUCAGUUGAUAAAGUUCAUGUCUUGUCAUUGGUAAUCUUCUAAAAUUCGGGGAUUUAAAAUCUACAAAUACUCCUAUAUCAAUUUUUCUGAAACUUCUGGGACUGUACUGUGAUGGAAGCCACAAAAAUAUGGAAACUGCUUGAAGGCUUUUGAGUUUUGAGGGUAGUGUAGCAGGGUAAGUGGGUGGGCUCUGGGCUCAGACUGCCGGGGUUACAAUCCAGGCUCCCCCAUUUACUGUGAGGUUUCAUCUCAAUGUCCUCCUCUCUAAAGUAGGGAUUAUAAUUUUUCAUACUCUAUGGAGUUGUAGCAGGAGUCAAAUGAGUUAAUAAAUAUAAAGCGUUUAGAACAAUGAUUUGCAUGCAUAGAAUAAGCACUUAAUGAAUAUAUUUUUGUUGCUAUUACUGUUUUGUGAUCUCUGUUUCUCAUAGGUUAACCCACUGUCCGACCCACAGGAUGCCUUCAAAAUAGGAAUGAAUGAAAGGAUAGGGUGAGAAGUUAGAAAAUGGCUCGUGAGGGAGGAGAAAAUGGCUGGAGAGGAAAGUAGGGUGGGGAAAAGGUGUUCAGCUUGAUAACUUUUGUGAUAAACCAUGCCAUCUGUUUUUCUUUGAGUGACACUUCCUUUCACUUUAAACUUCAUUUCUUUAUCUCCUACAUCCACCAAGGCACUAAUUUUGUCACCUUCUCUUUGUCAUAGCUAAUGUAUUCGUUUCUUUCUGUGUAGCCCCACUGUAACUGCCCUAAUCUGAGCUUUCACCACUUUUCUCGAAGAUUACUUCACCAGCUUCUGAAGUGGUUUUCUUGACUCAGCACUGUCAAUUAAGAUCUGUUCACUGCGGCAGGGUUGAUGUUCUUGAAACAGUACUGUCAUCACUUCAUCAACAUACUCAGACCUCUUGUGGACGGAUUAAGUCUUCUCCAUAACCUUGCCCGACUCUGUCUGUCCAACCUCAUGCUCCCUGCGAUGGAGCUAACACCCAUUAUGGAGAUUAAUCACUUUUCAUCAGGUUUUUAACUUAAGUCAUGAGGAAUGCAACGGUGAACACAAGAUUCAUUUUAUUUUCAUCACCAUGGGAUGUAUCCUGUUGUUGAGUUCUCUGGGUCAGACCUCUGAAGACUUCUCAGAUGGAUCCUAGUCUCUGGGCUUGCCCUGAAAUUACUCGCUGCUCAGGGAGAGAGUUGAAAUGGUUGGCAUCCUCCCACUCUGUUGCUCCGGCUGUGUCCCCUCACUCUGUUGUUCCAGCUAUGUCCCCUCUGUUGCUCCAACUGCAGCUCAUUCUGUUAGAGUUCCUCAUUCAGCUGGUCACUGUGGCCAGAGGGUGUUGGCCUGCUCCCUUCCUCAAGUAUUCUUAAAGCCAUGGAUUUUUGUGGAGCAUUUUUCUUCCUGGCUCUCCCUUGAGUUAUUUUCCUUUCUUCGCUAUCUUGGGACUCUUCUUUGUGCUUGCGGACAUCGGUUGAGAGAAGGACUUCUUCUUUCCUGUCUCCUUGGUGUUGGCUGGUGGUUGCUCUUCAACAACUGGACUGGAGGCUCUUGGUUUUCUCUUCAUCUUCAACAAGUCAGUCUCUCUCAAGGGUCUCACGUUGCAGCAUUCUUACCAGAGGCCAUUGGGCCUGGAGUUCCAGUUCCAGUGUCUGGAGAGUCCACCUCAGCUCAGCAAUCUCAUGCCGGUUGGCAAUUGUCAGCAGAAGCUGAUGCCUGCCCAUCAGUUCUUUACUCUGAGGUGUUAGAGUGGAAUAAAAAUAUAAAUACUUAUACUAGUUUUGAUGACUUCUGCUUAAUAUUGGGUAUUUUUUUGUUUUGUUUUGUUUUGGCGGUGAUAGGCUUACCUUACAUUAAACCAGGCCUUAGCCUUUCUGUGGCUUUGUUAUGGCAAAGCCUCAUAUUACUCUCUAGUCUGGUUCAGCAGGACAGUCAGGUCCACACCUGGGGCCGUUUGUUUUCUACGUUUACCUCAACAUAAGGUACCUUAUCAUUGUCAGCCUUCAUCUCCUGAUCCAAAAUAAAAUAAAAUGCCACAGGUUACUUGA